UGGGACCCGAACCCGCAAAUCCUGGCUCCCUCACCCCAAGCCCGCAGACUCCCCAGAGCCCGCCGCUCGCUAACACCACUUCCUCGGCUCCAGACCAGGCGGUGAACCGGGUGCCCGUUGGCGGCCGAGGGACGAUCUCAUCGCUGGUCACCCCCUUCCUCCGGGGAAAUGACCCUAGGAUCCCACGCACCCUCUCGGGUCUCUCCCGGCCUUGCCCUCCGACCUCCGCCUAGUUGGACCCCCUGCCCUUCAGCCCCCUCCCUCCCCGGGCCUCUCACGGCCCGCGCCCGCGGACAAAGCUCUGGACAUCGGACCGCACAGUCGCCACCCCCUGACCCUCGGCCGGCCCGCGCGCUCCCGCGCCUGCCCCCUCCCUGGCCUGCAACGCGUACCUCGGCAUCCCGGCCGGGUCCUAGGUGGACCCUCCAUGAUGAGGUGAAGUCACUGAAGCCUCCACUGGCGAGGGCAGGAACAGAAGCCCAUCAGCUCUGGUGCCCACAGGCCAGCUUGACUCAAUCCAGCCUUGCAUCCUACCGAAACCCUCUUCCACAGUCACCAGAGAUCUCAUGUUCACUGCUGCAGCUGUUGAAGAACGGGCGUGGUCUUGGCCUAGCCAUUCCUAGCUCAGGAGGCGAUGCUUUUUCUCCAGGCUCCCAGAUGUCAUAG